AUGCAGAGUAUGAUAGAAGUCCUGGGCAAGGCCCAGGUCAUAGAUAAUGUACCCAAGGUCAUCAAACAGCUGAAAUUUGGUGCGCUAUCAAACGAUGAUAUCCUCAGUCAAGCUGUGGUCGAAGUCUCGGAUCGACGAUUUUACGACCUUGAACGGAACCGUGUAGUCCAGGAGAAUGGACCUUUGGACCGGAGGCUUGGAAUCAGUUCCAAGACGGACAAAUGUCUUACGUGCGACCUUGGACACAAAGAAUGCAACGGUCACUUUGGACAUGUGCGACUGGUGCUGCCAGCUUUCCACGUGGGAUACUUCAGACGUGUCAUUACUAUUUUGCAAAUUAUCUGCAAGGAGUGCUCGGCAAUCUUGGUCCCCGAGACAGAGCGGCGCGCUUUCUUGAGGGAAAUGCGUAGGCCUCGGAUGGACAAUCUGAGACGCCUACAGGUCGCAAAGAGGGUUAUUGAGCGGGGCAAGAAAUCGAGGAGCUGUUACAUUUGCGGUGCUGUCAAUGGUACGGUGAAGAAGGUCGGCUCCAACGCGCUGAAACUCGUCCACGACAAGUUUCGUUAUUUCAACCAGUCGACAGCAGCCAACAAGGUUAUGCCACCCAGCAAGGAGAUGUUUGACAGAUCAUUGUUAGAAGCUAGGGCCACAAAUCCAGACGUUGAUCGAUACUACAAGAAAGCCCAGGAUGACCUGAACCCGUUGCGAGUCUUGAAUCUGUUCAAGAAAAUCUCAAACGCGGACUGUGAGCUCCUAGGCCUAGAUCCGAAUGAAGUUCGACCAGAAACGUUCCUCUGGCAGUUCGUCCCUGCACCGCCAAAUUGCAUUCGUCCGUCAGUGAGCCAAGAUGGUGCAUCCAACGAAGAUGAUCUCACUGCCAAGCUGGGCGACAUCGUCCAGAGCAACAUUACUCUCCGGAAUAACUUGAGGAAAGGCGCGCCAAUUCAUAUCAUCGUUGAGUGCUGGGAAUACAUGCAGUUGCAGAUUGCCAUCUACAUCAAUGGUGAUACCCCUGGACUCAAGACUGAGGUCGGAAAGCCGACACGCUCGCUAGUUUCUCGCUUGAAAGGAAAACAGGGAAGAUUCCGAGGUAACUUGUCUGGAAAGCGUGUCGAUUUCUCUGGACGAACGGUCAUCUCUCCAGAUCCCAACUUGCGGAUUGACGAAGUGGCAGUCCCGGAACUGGUGGCGAGGAACAUGACAUAUCCAGAGGUGGUGACUCGCUAUAACAUAGAAAGGCUUCAGCAGCAUGUCCGCAAUGGCAGAAAGAAAUGGCCAGGUGCAAAUAUGCUCAUAAAGGCGAACGAGUCAUUCAGAAGUAUUCUUAAGUACGGCGAUUUCAACAAAUUCGCGGAAAAUCUACAGGUAGGAGACAUUGUGCAGCGCCAUCUUGUUGAUGGUGAUAUUGCACUUUAUAACCGACAGCCUUCGCUUCACAAACUCAGUAUUCUUUCCCACUUUGUGAAAGUCCGUCCACACAGAACUUUCCGGAUGAAUGAAUGUGUUUGCAACCCGUACAAUGCCGAUUUCGACGGAGACGAGAUGAACUUGCACAUUCCUCAAACAGAGGAAGCUCGGACAGAGGCCAUGGAAUUGAUGGGAGUAAAGAACAACUUGGUAACGCCAAAGAACGGAGAGCCUAUCAUCGGUGCUAUUCAAGAUUUUAUCAGUGCGGCAUACCUCUUGAGUGGCAAGGACAACAUGUUUGAUAGGCGGACUUUUACUCAGACCUGUCUAUACAUGCUUGGGCCAGAAACGCGAUUUGAUCUCCCACCUCCGUCGGUUGUUAAGCCACAGAUGUUGUGGACUGGAAAACAGGUCUUCAACAUUCUUAUGCGGCCUAACAAAAGCGACCCAGUGAAAGUUAAUAUCGACGCUGCUUGCCGAGAAUUCAGACAACCAAAGGACAACACCCCAAAAGACAUGGAUCCCAACGAUGGAUGGCUCAUCAUUCGUAACUCGGAGAUCAUGUGCGGUGUGAUGGACAAGAGCACGAUUGGUUCCGGAAAGAAGGACAACGUCUUUUACAUCAUGCUGAGAGAUUUUGGUCCUCUCGCCGCAGCAGAAGGCAUGAACCGACUCUCUCGACUAUGUGCCAGGUGGUUUACGAACGUGGGGUUUUCAAUUGGUAUUGGAGAUGUGUACCCGAGUAAAAGACUAGUUCAGUCGAAGAAUGAUCUGGUUGAGAAAGCUUAUGCCGCUUGUGAUGAAGUCAUCGCCAAGUACAAAGCGGGCAAGUUGGAAAAGAUGCCGGGUUGUGACGAAGUGCAGACCAUGGAAAACCAAGUGUCUGGAUUUCUUUCCAAAGUUCGUCAACAAGCCGGUGACGAGUGUAUCCAGCAGCUAAGCAAGUACAACGCACCUCUCAUCAUGGCUACUUCUGGAUCCAAGGGUUCCAGUAUCAACGUUUCUCAGAUGGUUGCAGUUGUGGGUCAGCAGAUUAUUAGCAGUGAACGUGUCCAGGACGGAUUUCAGGACCGUACAUUGCCUCACUUCCCAAAGAAUGCUCGUUCACCGCCAUCGAAAGGUUUUGUGCGCAACAGCUUCUUCUCUAGCCUAACACCUACCGAGUUCUUUUUCCACGCAAUGUCUGGACGUGAAGGUUUGAUCGAUACUGCAGUCAAAACUGCAGAGACCGGAUACAUGUCUCGCCGGUUGAUGAAGUCACUUGAAGAUUUGUCUGCCAAGUACGACGGAACUAUUCGAACAUCGUCUGCCAGCAUCGUUCAAUUCAGCUACGGAGGAGACGACUUGGAUCCUGUGAACAUGGAGGGCAAGGCCAAGCCAGUUCAUUUUGACCGGACUUAUAAUCAUGCCAUGGCAAUUACACAUGAUAAUAAAGACCGUGGCUUGUUCCCAUCAGAGAUCAUGGAGGUAACCGACGAAUUGCUGGACAAAGAAAAAGCGAGAUUUGUUCGCAAAGAUCUUUUUGGCAACGAACUUGGAUACUUGGAGCGGACUGAUGUUGGUGUCGAUCAAUACGAGAGCGCCCGUGAUUUCAUUCAAUCUAUUCGCGAUUUUGUCCAGUCGAAAGCAGAUAGACUUAUUUCGUCGGGAGGCGACAGGAGAAGGACACCGCACGAAAAGUUCAACAUGUCCCGGGACCACGUUGAUAAAUUAUCGGAAAAGUCUCUUCGCUAUUUCAUCCAGGCCUGUCUAUCGAAAUAUGAAAAGGCCAAGGUUGAGCCUGGUCACGCAGUGGGUGCGGUGGGUGCACAGUCGAUUGGAGAGCCCGGAACACAGAUGACACUGAAAACUUUCCAUUUUGCUGGUGUCGGUAACUUGGCACUCACCCAGGGUGUUCCGCGUAUCAAGGAAAUUAUCAAUGCUUCCAAAGAAAUCAGUACUCCGCUUAUUAGUUGUCAACUCAUCACCAAAGAAGCCGUCGAGGUGGCUCGGAUCGUCAAGGGCAGAAUUGAGAAGACUUUCCUACGCGACAUCAUUCAUUAUGUGAAGGAGACGUGGACGGGCAGGGCUGCCUACAUUACAGUCAAAGUCAAUCACGAGACCUUGUCUAAACUUCAGUUGGAACUUAAGAUGGAAGGCAUUGUCGCAGCUAUCAAAAACCAUAAACGGUUCAGAGCCCCAGAUCUUUCCUUUAAUCAUUCUCGGCAUCACAUCCAGAUCCACUUGGACAUGGAUCCUGUCAAGAAGAAGGACUUGUCAAAGACAGACAUUGCUUUGACAAGUUCAGACCCUUUCCUUCGGCUGAAGCAUCUCAAGCGGAUGCUGCCAGAUAUUCAGGUUCUCGGCCAUCCGCAGGCGCGACGAGCCGUUAUUCAUACGGACGAUACCACGAAUAAACUGCUCGUCGAGGGUUACGGACUGAGGGAGUGUAUGACAACGGAAGGAGUGGAGGGCUUGCACACAACGACCAACAAUGUCAUAGAGGCCAAGGCGAUUUUGGGUAUUGAGGCAGCACGUGCAACCAUCAUUAACGAGAUGAGCGAAGUCAUGAAAGACAUGGACAUUGAUCCUAGACAUAUGCAUCUCUUGGCAGAUAUCAUGACCACGACUGGUGAAGUACUCGGAAUCACGCGCUUUGGAAUGUCCAAGAUGCGCGACUCUGUCCUUCAGCUUGCUUCCUUUGAGAAGACGGCCGACCAUCUGUUUGACGCUGGAGGCACUGGCCGCACAGACCCGGUCGAGGGAGUGUCUGAAUGUAUCAUUAUGGGCAAGACUGUGUCUCUCGGCACAGGCGCCAUGGAGGUUAUCCGGAAGCUCAACUUUUACGCAGGGCAUCUGGGGCCAAAGAAGACGGUUUUCGAAGACGCCUGGACUGAGAUGUGCGCUCCACCGGAGGCACCCAAGAGAAGAGCGAGAAGGCCCAGGGCGUGA